AUGGUGGAAGUGCACAGCCUAAUGGCUUCUGCAUCCUAUGAUAUGACAGUGCGAAUAUGGGAUGUUGGCUCAGGAAGACAUGUUACAACCAUACCUCAUUCUGAUUCGCAAGUCAAUGCUAUGGCAUUCACUCCAAACGGUUAUCAAUUAGCCGUUGCUGGUUUCCAGAAAGUUCGGAUAUAUGAUAUGACAACCUUAAAACCUCCAAAUCAUAUCAACCCUAUUGUGUGCUUCGAGCAGAUUAUGAAAAAUGUCACCGCUAUUGGUUUUGAAGCUCAAAGCAGGUGGAUGUUCACCGGAGGAGAAGACCAUUCCUGCCGAGUGUACGAAAUGAGAGUAAAUCAGCUAGUCUGUCAGAGAGUAUUUGAUAAUCUCGACCCAGUGACGAGUGUGGUUAUCCAUGGAAAUCAAGUGGAGCUGUUUAUUGCUGACCAAGCAGGACAGGUCUACGUAUGGGAUUUACGGCGUGAUGGUCAUACACAGCUCCCAAUGCCACCCCUUUCCUAUCAGGAAUUCGUCACGAACCUCGCUAUUCAUCCAUCAGCCAACAUGCUUGCGGGUAUAACAAAUAGAGGAUAUCUGAUAGUCUGGGAUCUCAGCAACGGUUCUGAUGAAUGGGCUCAGAAACAGAACUACAUAGAAAGAACUACCGAAACCGUUGCAAGGUUGAGGCUUGACGACAGCGGAAAACAUCUUAUUCAUAAGUCCUAUGGACUAAGUUGCAAGUAUUCUCCCGAUGGACGUACCCUCGUAACGACGGGUGCUGACAAUACCAUCCACGUGCUGGAAUCGCAUGACUGUACCCAGAAGUCGAACAUAGACGCUGGAUGUGACUGGAACUGGAACUCAGCAUUCACGUGCGAUUCACGAUUGCUUUUCACUGGUGGAUCCGACAAUCGUGUUAAACUCUGGGAUGUGGAAUCCAGCCAAAUGGUAAUGAAAUACGAUGGCCAUACAAAGCCUAUAACAGCACUGUGUGUGUCUGAUGUUCCUAUGAGGUAG